AUGGGCCCUUCCCCGGCGAACAAAAGCAACGCCUCCGCCGCCGUCAAGGACGCCGCUCCCUCCAGACCCUCCUUCUUCUCGCGCCUCUCCCUCCCGAUCCUGUCGCGCCAGGCGCGCAACAUUGCCGACUUCCACAUCCGCCCGGCCGAGCCGCAUCGCCAGUACGCCGCUGGCGACCAUGUCGCUGGCGCCGUCGUGCUGACGGUGGUCAAGCCCAUCCGCAUCACCCACCUGACCGUCUCCCUCCACGGCUUCGUCCGCGUCUUCAAGAGCCCCAAUGGCGUCAACGAGCCCCCGAUCAACCCGGCCGAGAUACCCACGUCGACGUCGCGGGCCAAGUUCAGGUAUCUCGGGAAUGGCUACGCGAGCCUGUUCCAGGAUGAGCAGGUCCUCAGCGCAGACGGCAAGCUGGAGCCGAGGAAGUACGAGUUCAACUUUGAUCUCAUGUUCCCGACCACCAGCUUGCCUACCAGCGUAGACUUUGAGCGUGGAACCAUAUCGUACAUGAUCACCGCUACGCUGACGCGCCCGACGACGAUAUCACCGACCCAAACUUGCGAACGGAGGAUUUUCUUGACGGAGAAGCUCGACGUCGGCCUGUUGGAUCCGCCGAGGCCCCGUACGAUCUCGUUACAGCCCAUUUCCAAAAAGUCAAGGAGGAGGAAAACUCUGCCACCGGAGAAUGCUUCGCCGCUACCCAACCGAACAGACUCGGCCUUAUCUGACCCGGAUGCGACGAGAGCGAACGAGAACUCGACGGAGGGCUCGGUAGCGGCUGAGGAGGUACAACAAGAUGGCCGACAUAUUUCGUUUCCAAGGAGUCCCAUACACAGCGAGAUCAUGAGCGAGAUCAGCGGCGAAAGCGUGGUCAGCGGCGCCAGUACCGGGCAGAGCGGGCGAGCCCAUGACGCGAGUCACACGAGUUCUUCAGGGUCGCAAGGGGCGUCAAACAGGACGCGUACGCCAGAGAAGCGCGUUAUCGUCGCGACGAUCGAGUCAUUGAAAGGAGGGUGCCUACCAGGCGAUAUCCUGCCCAUCAAGAUAUCAGUACAGCACAUCAAGCGGAUCAAGAGCCUGCACGGCGUCGUGGUGACGCUGUACAGACAAGGGCGGAUAGACUCGGCGCCACCGAUACCGGAUACCGGGAAGCUCACAUCGGAGGACGUGCGUCGUCUCGACAAGGAAUACUACUACCCUCGGUCCAAAACAGGUCUCGGCGGACUCUCCCUGAGCUCGGCAGGCUCUUGCAGCGUCUUUCGCAAGGAUCUUGUACAGACGUUUCAGCCACUAAUUAUUGACCCUGGCACGCUCGGUGCCAACGUUACAGCCUACGUUCGGGUGCCGGAGGACUGCUUCCCUACGAUCAAAGGUCUCCCGGGGGAGAUGAUCAGCUUCAAGUAUCAGGUCGAAGUUCUGGUCGAUCUAGGGGGCAAACUUGCUGGCCAGAUCCAGUCAGUGCAAUCCAAGGUGACUCCGGUGGGGACCCCCGGAGUUGUGGGAGCAACCACCCGGAGUUCAUACGAGCAAGGCGGGGCAGUCUUGACCGGCAGCAACGUAAUCGAUACGGAUCAGCUACGUCGCCAUAAGGGGGUGAUAUCCGUCACGUUCGAGGUGGUCGUCGGGACCGCCAACAGCAAUAAGCACCGCAACCGCGGCAUUUCGCGGGUGUCGACCUAUACGCGACAGAUUGACGAGGCGGCGCAGUAUCCUGAAAACACGCAGGGCGAAUGGCAUGGUGAAGGCGAGCCGGAGAGAUAUCAUGAGGAGACCCCGUACCACUACGGGGAUGGGUACUUCCCGCCGACGAUCGAGGUACAUGACCAACACCCGCCGUAUCUGCCGCCCGAGCCGAGUAGAGCACCCGUGCCCAUCUACAUUCCGCUACCAGAGGUGUCCGAAGACAACGGACUGUCAGAAAAGGAUCGGAUCAGGCGAGCCGAGCAGAGACUGUUGCCCAGCCAGCCCCCGGAAGCACCGGUAGCUAGCUCGUCACGGGCGGCGCCCGCGCAGGAUGAGAACAUCUACGACGCUGAGGAUGAGCCUACGGCUCCCGAUGGCGAUGCGGCGACCCCGCAUGCCGCUAUCGAGAUACCCGCCGUGGAAGACGGGCCCUCGGCGCCGACAUUUGAGGAUCUGGACCCGACACCUACCGCGCAGCCUUCCGAAGACAAGCAGGAGCUCGAGCGGCGCAGGCUGAUGCAGGAAGCCAGCGCCCCGCCCGAGUGUCCCGAAGACUACGACGCCGGUGUCGGUAGCAGCUCGGCGCCUGCUGCGCCUGCGCCCGCGACCGCACCCGAAGCUGUGGACGAAGAGCCCUCGGCGCCGAUGCUCGGCGAGGAGGACCACUACGGACACGACUUUGCUUACGACCAGCUUGCGGCGGGGUCGUCUACGGCGCCUGCUGUCAAUGGGGUCGGCGGAGGGCCGCAUGAGCCGCUUCCGAAGUACGAGCGGUGA